AAAAUGGCCGCUACAAUAUCUCAUUUAACAGCGAGUGCUGGUGCUGAACGUAAAGGUAAAGGAUUGAAGAAACCGGACAAUGAACCUUUGCAGCGUUUCGGGGAGGCAAAGAAAAUGAUGUCUGAUAUUUACAAUGAUAUUGGAAGUUGUAUGGGAGAAAUGUCUAAUUUUUAUUCGAAACUGGAUGUUGAUAACAAAAAAUUUGUGCCUCCCCGACAGCUUUCUGAAGUUCAGCGUUAUUUAGAUUCUAUCAAAACAAUUAAAGAAAUGGUUGGACGUGACAAAAUGAAAGUUGUCUUCUUUGGAAGAACCAGUAAUGGAAAAAGCAGCGUUAUUAAUGCAAUGUUGUCUUCAAAAAUACUUCCUCAAGGAAUGGGACAUACAACUUGCUGUUUUUUACAAAUUGAGGGUGGUCAGGAAAAUGAAAAAUAUUUUGUUAUAGAAAAUGCGGAGGAACAGAAAAUUCCUAUUGGAGAUUUGCAUAAAGUUGGACAUGCACUAGGCAAUACUGGAAAUACUUCCCUUGGAACUGAUUCCUUAAUUCGUAUUAUUUACCCAAAAUCCUCUUCAAAACUUCUCCAAAAUGAUUUGGCUAUUGUUGACAGUCCUGGGGUCGAUUUAAGUCCAGAAUUUGAUGGGUGGAUUGAUAAACAUUGUUUGGAUGCUGACGUUUUUGUUUUGGUUUGUAAUUCUGAAGCUACUUUAACACAAGCGAUUCGCGGCCAACACGAGCGUCGUUUUGUGCAUUUUCUUUCUUCUGAACUUCAAGUUUGCACUCCUCAAAAAGCUGAAGGACGUUUCUUUUUCAUUUCUGCAUUGGAAAUGUUGGAUCAGCGUUUGUUUGAUCGUGGGGAAUUAAACAGAAAUCGUUUGUUUUUAAAUUUUUGCCUUUUACAAUUUUCUCAUUUUGUAGCUCACCUGUUGGAAGGUCAUAAACAACGAGCUCGCGAAUUCAGAAAAUUCGAAGAUAAAUUUGAAGAAUGUAUUUCACAAUCUGCAAUUCAUACAAAGUUUGAUGCUCAUAGUAGGCGGGCACGUGAAAUUGUUUUUGCCAUGCUUGAUAAUUUGGAAGCAACUAUGGGCGCUGCUAUUCAUGAAAAACAACGUCUAGCUCUUGAGUUUCAACUUAAAUCAAAAGAACAUGAAGAAAGUGCUAAAAAGUUUAAAAAUUUUGAGAGAACAUUCACGGAUGAACAAUCUAAAAUGCGUUCUGAAGUUCAUAUGAAAGUUUCUUCAGAUUUUGAGGAAGAAGUUGCACGUUUAGAAGCUAUUGUUGAUCAUUUUAAGCAUCCAUUUGUAGAUGAUCCAGUGUCUAUUCAGGAAUAUAAACGGGAGCUGGCCAUUUAUGUGAACGAUGUUCUUACUGAAGAAUUACAAAAUCAAUGUACUGGAGCUUUAAUUACGCGAAUUUGGACGUUGGAGAAUGCAAUGCUCAAUUGUAUGCGUCAAAUUGUUGAUGAAUCCCACGCUUUGGAACUUGAAAAAAUUUGGCUUUACAGACAACCCUUUAAAUUUGUAAUAUCAGUAAAUUGUUCAAAAAUGGUUGCAGACUUCCAUGAAGAUUUGGAAUUUCGUUUUUCAUUGGGAAUUGAAAGUAUUGCACGAAAAAUUCUUUCGAUAACUCGUGGACAGCCAAUAACUGCAAUUGACAGGAAUUUUCUUCAACUUGGUUCUCCUCGUUCAAGUUCAGGAAUUGGAGCGGGAACUAGUAGUCAACAUCAACCAAAUAAACAAGAAGUUGAUAUGUUUUUGGCAAAUUUAUUAGUUCAAUCGGCAACUUAUUUGGUUAAUGGUUCUGUUGUUGUAACAAUUGCUGGACUUGUAGUGACUUUUCUUUUGAAUAAUUUUGGGGAAAAUUUGACACACAAACAGAAGACUCAAAACCAUUUUUUAUUUUUAUUCAAUGGUGCUUUCAUAUUGGCUCCUUACCUGUGGUCUUUUUGGGGGGUUUAUAAAAAUGUUGAUUGGCGUUGGAUUCUUUCUGGAGUUGGUGCCGUUGCGGGUUUUUAUUGUUUUGAACGACUUCGAUGGGAUAACGGGGCUAAAGAGGAACGUCUUAAAAGUCAAUUUAGACAACAUUUAGAACAACGUCUUCGCCAAGUUGAAAGUAUUCACAUCGGUCAAUGUGAACAACAAGUUAUACAAGAAUUAAAUGGAGUUUGUGGAGGGCUUAGAAAAGUGUUUAGUGGAUUUUAUGAUGAAAUGAAAGAUUUAAUUGAGCAAACAAAAAAUAAAAUGGAUAAUGUAGACAAAAUGUUGGGAUCGAUAAAUACAAUAAAGAACAAAAUCACCUUUAUGACGUCUACUUUAGAUAGCUUUAAUAAUCGUUUUUUGACUUCUACUACAGACUCCCCUUGA